AAUGGUUCUUAUUUGAGAUUUCCUCGUCUUAUAUUAAGUUCGAAGUGUCUCGUUUGUUUAGAUCUCACAUCAUCUUACUCUCACCGGCGAAUCCUUCACCGCGUCUCCGGUCUCCACCUUCCGUUCUACCACUCUCUCCGUCUCACUUUCUUCUCAGCAGAAACAUGCCUUCUCAGAAGGUUGAAACCGGUCAUCAAGACAUAAUCCACGAUGUUUCAAUGGAUUACUAUGGAAAGAGGCUAGCAACAGCUUCAUCGGAUCACACAAUUAAGAUAAUUGGUGUGAGCAAUUCAGCCUCUCAGCAUCUAGCAACUUUGACUGGUCACCAAGGACCUGUUUGGGAGGUUGCGUGGGCUCACCCUAAGUUUGGUUCUCUUCUCGCUUCAUGUUCCUAUGACGGACGCGUCAUUCUUUGGAAGGAGGGUAACCAGAAUGAAUGGAUCCAAGCUCAUGUCUUUGAUGAGCAUAAGUCGUCCGUCAAUUCAGUUGCUUGGGCGCCUCAUGAGUUGGGUCUCUGCUUGGCUUGUGCUUCGUCUGAUGGGAAUAUAUCGGUAUUUACUGCAAGGGCAGAUGGUGGAUGGGACACCUCAAGGAUUGAUCAAGCUCACCCAGUUGGUGUGACUUCUGUUUCUUGGGCUCCUUCGAUGGCGCCGGGUGCUCUUGUUGGUUCAGGGCUUCUUGAUCCUGUGCAGAAGCUUUGCUCUGGUGGUUGUGAUAAUACUGUUAAGGUGUGGAAGCUCAGCAAUGGACAGUGGAAGAUGGAUUGCUUCCCUGCACUUCAGAAGCAUAACGAUUGGGUUCGAGAUGUUGCCUGGGCACCGAAUUUGGGACUUCCUAAAUCUACUAUUGCUAGUGCAUCACAGGACGGUAAAGUGAUCAUAUGGACUGCUGGCAAAGAAGGGGAUCAUUGGGAAGGCAAGGAUUUGAAUGAUUUCAAGACCCCUGUUUGGAGGGUGUCAUGGUCUUUGACAGGAAAUAUAUUGGCUGUGGCUGAUGGAAACAACAAUGUCACAUUAUGGAAAGAAGCCGUAGAUGGGGAAUGGCAACAGGUGACAACAGUGGAGCCAUAGAUAAUGAUUGUUCAGGUCGUGUUUUGUUAAUUUUGAAACUAUGGUUAAUGUUUCAUUUUGAAAUAUAAUUGACAUCUUAAUUUCUUUUCGUGUAUUACACAGUUGAUUAGUUGUGCUUCAUAAUACAUUAGUUCCUUGAGUUUUAAUAUUGUGAUCCAAUGAACAUUCUCUGUUUGAAAGAAUGAAGUUGAAUAGUUUUAUCAGUCCCUUUAUAGACUAUAGGGCUGUUUUCUAGUAUAUAAUGUGACAUUUCAUUCGAA